GCCUUGAUUUAGGUAAUGUUGCAUGGGCCAUUUCCGGGGCCCAGGUAUAGGGCUCCUAGCAGCACGUUUCGAGGACCAAUCCACAAUGCGUAGCUGCUUUUUGGUCAUUGUCGUCGUUGUCCUCUGAGCAUGUCUGCUGAGACGAGGGACACGAUGAAGGAUCUCCACGACGGCUCGACCAUCGCAAUACCACUUAUCUGGGGAUCUUCCCCUGUCUGCCGUGGAGAAGUUGCAAUCAAUGGAGAGGAGACAGAGAGUCAAAAGACGCCCUCUCGGAGGUCAGCAGGAGUCGAAGAAUCUUGCGAGCCGCGACAUCUCAGCUGACCCCUCUACAGGCCCGACGUUCAAUUUCCCACGAUAACGCUACUUCUUAGUGAGCUCCGUGCGCGGCAACAUUGAGCUCCGUGACGGCCGGGGGCUAGAGCAGUAGAUCGCGUCUUGACGUUGCGGAGACGACGCGGUCACGGAGCGAUAUAUCACAAGAUCCAAAUGUCGGUCUGACAGUUGAGCUAGUCUGAUGUGCGCGCCGCCGCUCAGAUCUCUCUGCGGCGCCCAGGGCAGAUUUGCCCCGGGAUCCACGGGGAUAGCGCAAUUGCGUCACGCGUGCUUCGCUAGCUCGCGUCGUGG